ACACAAACAGUGCGCCGCUGGGAAAGCAGGGGGUCUCAGGAUGGUGACAGCUAGUAUAGCUCACUGUUAGUUUACUAGUUUAGCUUUGUUUUAAAGGAUGUUUUAUUUCAUCUAAAUUAAUAGUGAACCUCUCUUUUGUCCGCUGAAGGAAGCCCGUGUGUUAUUGUGAGUCCGAAAACUUGAUUAACCAGGCCGAGUAAUUCAUCACAGUCAGGCUGAACACUUGAUGACUGUUGUUUGCUCUAGAUUAAAGGAUCACUUCUUAACAGGAGACAUGCCUCCUCCAGAUACGAUGUACUGCUCCCAGCAGAUCAACAUUCCCCCAGAGCUGCCUGAUAUCUUGAAACAGUUUACUAAAGCUGCUAUUAGAACACAGCCACCUGAUGUACUGCAGUGGGCUGCCACAUAUUUUUCAGCACUUUCAAAAGGUGAAACUCUGCCAGUCAAGGACAGGCUAGAAAUGCCAGUAGCAACACAAAAGACAGACACUGGGCUUACUCCAGGCCUGCUCAAGGUCCUUCACAAGCAGCUUUCACCAAAAGAACCUGUUAUGAAAGAGGAGUUGCUGAAGAAGUGGAAAGGCUUGUGCUUGCCGGUUGAACAGCUCAAUACACUCCUUGACCUUGGCAACUUUGAUGAACAAAUUGACUGGAUGGGGUUCUUUGCUCUGAGCUGCAGUGCUUUGGGUGGAACCAUCAUCAGUGCUCUAAAACAUGCUUGUGAAAUCCUGACUGAGGAUCCAGAGGGUGGGGCUGCUCGGAUCCCUUUUGACACAUUUGUGACUCUGUACACUUACCUGGCCAAACUGGAUGAAGACAUUCCUCAAGAUCAGAUAGACAGUUUCCUGCUCAGUCUACAGGAGCCUGUGCAGCGCCAAGGAGGCAUGGUCCAGCCCACUAAUUUCACUGGCCUCAGUCGCUCAUAGGGGUCUGAGUGGAGGAGAGGACAGAUGGCCGUCAGAUGUGCUCUUUCAGCUGGGCUGUGGCAGCCUUCUGUCACUGCACUACCAAGAACAGGAAAAAGGCCUCAUGUUUCAUCAUUUUUUAAUGUUUCACUCUGAGUGAUUCCAGCAUUACAGAAUGUAGCAUAAAUGUAUUGGCGAUUUUAUUUAUAUGAAUGUUUGAAUAAAGGUUAUCACUGUGAA